AUGGGCAGGGGUUCCCCAAAAGCUGUCGGGAGCGGUGGGUCGGAGUCAGCCGAGCCGGGCUCCCAGCCCUGCCCAGUCUCCGUGCUGGUUGUACUGGGCAGCCGGCCGAGGAGUGACGCAGUGCUGACACGGCCCUGUGCAGGUGACAGCUCGCAGCAGCACAGUGAAGAAUUAGGACACUCCUGGUCUGUGACCCCGUGGGUUCUGUGGGAUAACCAGACACUCAGCUUGGCAGAAGCGACCCAGGGGGGGUUCCCCGCCCGUCUGAGAGUCCUGCUGGAGCUGGAGGGGAUGCGGCUGCUGCUGGAGCUGGAGCAAAACUGGGAGCUGGUGCAGGGCACCGGGGCACUGCUCUAUUACCUGCCUGACGGCACACGGGUGAUCCAGGAGCCCAGCGAGCAGGAGCACUGCUGCUAUCAGGGGACAGUACAAGGCUUCCCUGGCUCCUGGGCCAACCUCUGUGCCUGCGCUGGACUCAGCGGCCGCCUCUGGCUGUCGGACAGCAGGAGCUACACGCUGGAGCCGGACACCAGCAGCCCCCAAGGGCAACACGUGGCAUCCCACCUUCGGGUGGUCCAGCUGGAGCCGCAGAGCUGUGGGCAGGGCCCCCGCCCCGGGGCAGAGACAGCAGAGCCCCUCUGGCCACAGAGGGACAAGCGGGAAGCAGCAGAGCAGCGCUUUGUGGAGCUGGUGAUGGUGGUGGACCACGCUGCGUUCCAGAAUUACCCCAGCCUACAGCGUGUUCGCACCCGGACCCUGGAAAUUGCCAACCAGGUGGAUGUGUUUUUCCGUCCCCUGGGAGUGCGGGUGGCCCUGCUGGCAGUGGAGGUCUGGAGCGAGGGUGACAAGAUCGCGGUGGGCAGCAGCGCCCGGGCCGUGCUGGAGCGGUUCCUGCGCUGGCGUCAGGAGGAGCUGCUGCCCCAGCUGCCCCACGACAAUGCCCAGCUCCUGACGGGCGCCCACUUUGUUGACGUCUCAGUAGGGAUGUCGACUCAAGCCUCUAUGUGUUCCCCCACACGCUCCGGGGGGGUCAGCAAGGACCACUCUGUCAGCGUCCUCGUCAUGGCCUCCACUGUGGCCCAUCAGCUGGGGCACAACCUGGGCAUGCGCCACGACAGCGCCGGGCGCCUCUGCGACUGUGGCGACCUCCGGCACGACCGCGGCUGCAUCAUGGCACCGCCUACGGGGUUGACACCUGGCUUGAGCUUCAGCAACUGCAGCCGGCAGGACCUGGAGCAGAGCUUGCAGCAGGGCCAGGGUUGGUGCCUCUCCAACGUCCCCGAGCCCCAGCUCCUGACUGGGAGCCCCACCUGUGGGAACCACUUCGUAGAGCUGGGCGAGGAAUGCGACUGCGGCCUCAGUGUGGAGUGCACCGAUCCUUGCUGCAACAGCAGCUCCUGCCAGCUGAUGCCAGGGGCCGUGUGUGCCAGCAAGGACACCUGCUGCCAGGACUGCCAGCUGCGCCGUGCUGGACACGUGUGUCGGGAGCUGCUGGGCGAGUGCGACCUGCCCGAGUUCUGUGACGGGGUCUCACCGCGCUGCCCCCCUGACACGUUCCUGCAGGACGGGCAGCCCUGUGCCGGCGGGCGGGCACGCUGCUACAGCGGGGCCUGUGCCACCUACGAGGGGCAGUGCCAGCAGCUGCUGGGGCCAGGUGCCAGUCCUGUCUCCAGCUCCUGCAUGGCUGCUCUGAACACAAGAGGGGACGAACGUGGGCACUGCGGGCAGCUCCCCAACGGCUCCUAUGUCACUUGCACCCAGCAGGACACCAGCUGUGGGAUGCUGCAGUGCCAGCGCAGCAGCACCCAUGGGGAGAGACCAGAAGGGUCCUGCCAGGGGACCCCGCUGCCUGGGGACGAGGACGUGACCGAUGCAGCCAUGGUGCUGCCUGGCACCACCUGUGGCCCCAGGAAGAUGUGCCUCCAGCACCGGUGCCAGGACAUCUCCGUGCUGAGUGACCAGCAGUGCCAGAACAAAUGCCACGGACACGGGGUGUGCAACAAUCACGGGCACUGCCACUGUGAGCGGGGCUGGGCCCCCCCAGCCUGCGACAGCCCCGGAGUGGGGGGCAGCCAGGACAGCGGCCCUGCCAGCCUUGAGCGAGGGGGAAGCGCCCUGCCCACGGCCCUGCUGCUGAGCGCGCUGCUGGGGCUGGCGCUGGCACUGGGGCUGUGCCGAGCCCGCCGUGCCGGCCUGCUGGCACCAGGCCAUGCCUACCUGCCAGGCUGCACGCAGCUGGCACUGCACGUCACCGCGGCCUUCGCUCCCGGCCACAAACUGGACGGCUCCUCUUCCUCCCCCAGCCUCGCACAGGGGAGGUAA